AUGCUGGAGAGCAUUUUACUAUGUGAAUUUCUCCUUGGGUUUUUUGCUGAGACAUGGGAGCUCAGGCUCCUUCUCAGCAUUCUGUUCUUGCUAAUGUACCUGGGGAGCCUGCUAGGGAACCUGACCAUCAUCAUGGUUACCACCAUUGACCAGAGCCUCCACACACCCAUGUACUUCUUCCUCAGGAAUCUGUCCAUCUUAGACAUGUGCUAUGUUUCUGUCAUAUUCCCCAAUGCCUGUGUCAACUCUCUCACUGACAACAGGGGCAUUUCUUUGGCUGGGUGUGCUGUACAGAUCUUUUUGUUCUUUUUUUGUGUAUGUAUGGAGAUUCUCUUACUCACUGUGAUGGCCCAGGACCGCUAUGUAGCCAUCUGCCAGCCCCUCCUCUAUCCUGUCAUCAUGAACCACCAAUUCUGUGUUCAGAUGACUCUGGCUUCCAUACUACUUUGUCUUGCCAUAGCAGGUUUGCACACUGUGAAGACAUUCCAGCUGUCCUUCUGUCACUCUAAUGUGGUCCCUCAAUUCUUCUGUGAGAUUCCCUUUCUGCUGAGGCUCUCUUGCUCAGACACCUUUACAAACAAACUCCUCAUUCUUUUAACUGCCAUAGGAGUUAGUGGUAGCUGCUUUAUCUUCAUUGUUAUAUCAUAUGUUCACAUCUUUUCAACUGUGUUGAAGCUUCCUGUCAAAGAAGAGAGAAGAAAGGCCUUUUCCACCUGUGUCCCUCACAUCAUUGUGGUGUCUGUAUUCCUUUCCUCUGGUGCCUAUGUGUAUCUAAAACCUCCAGUUAUAUCAGAAGUGACUCAGGACAUGAUUCUGUCUGUACUUUAUACCAUUAUACCACCAUUCUUAAAUCCUGUCAUCUACAGUCUUAGAAAUAAACAGAUAAAGAAAGCUGUGAGCAAAGUUAUAUUAAGAACAUUUAUAUUAGAAAAAAUAAAAAUCUCUUUUUCAUCCUUUGGAGUUACUUGGUGA